CGGCGUUUCCAAAAUCUAGCGCAGUUUUCACUUUAAAUUUGAUUUUCAGCAAGUCCAAGGUAACGGACAUGUCGGAGAAGGUGACGAUAAUGGUGUUGAAGGUCGACCUUCAGUGUUGUCGCUGCUACAAGAAAGUGAAGAAAGUUCUUGCUAAGUUCCCUCAAAUACGAGACCAGAUAUACGACGAGAAGGCCAACACGGUGACCAUCACGGUGGUCUGCUGCGACCCAGAGAAGCUGAGGGACAAGUUAUGCCGCAAAGGUUGCGGAUCCAUCAAGAGUAUAGAGAUCAAACCACCUCCAAAACCUAAGGAGCCCGAGAAGAAACCUGAAAAACCCAAGGAGCCCGAGAAGAAACCGAAAGAACCUGAAAAGAAACCCGAGAAGCCUAAGGAGCCGGAAAAGCCCAAAGAACCACCGCCAAAACCACCAGCGAAACCGGCUUCUCCACCGCGGCCGCCGGCCUGUCCCCCGUUCGGAUGUUGUUGCAGAAAAUGUUACCAUUGCCAUCCUUGGGGUCCUCCCCCUUGCUACUUUGGCGGACCACCACCUCCACCCCCAUGCUGUACUUAUGGUAGGCCAGUUUACGAUAACUGGGGCGGCGGCGGCUACAGUUGUGCGAGUCGUGGUUAUUGCUUUAGCGACGAGAAUCCACAAGCUUGCUCAGUCAUGUAGCUGUUUUAACAUGGCGCAUUCUAAAAGAUGCUA